GGCUCGGCGGAGGGUUGUGGUGUCCCGGGCUCCGAGGUCCGAGCGGCCGCCCGUGGCGUUGGGGCGGGAUGGAGGACGCGGGAAGGCUCCCCGGAGGCGGGCUCGGGCGUGCGCGGCCCUCCAGGAAACUGAGGCAGGCAGGCGGAGAUGGCGCGGCCGCCUUCCGGACGUAGGGGGGUGCUGACGAAGCCCGGGGAGACUUGCAUCGGCCCCCUUUGCUUAGAGAAGCGCGAAAAGGAUCUAUGGAGUGUGAGGCAGACCACCGUCCCCUGGGUGUGUUUAAGUGCCAGCUCUGUGCCCUGACAGCCCCAUACAGCUACGUGGGGCAGAAGCCCCCUGACACCCAGUCUGUCGUCCUUCUGGAGGAGAGUUAUGUCAUGAAGGACCCCUUCACCUCAGACAAGGGCAGAUUCCUGGUCCUCGGCUCUCAGUGCAGUUUGUGCAGCCGGCUGGUGUGUGUGGGCCCGGAGUGCAGUUUAUUCUAUUCCAAGAGGUUUUGCCUCCCCUGUGUCCGGGAGAACAUCGAUGCCUUCCCUUGGGAAAUUCGGCAAGACUUGGGGAAAAGGAAAGAUCCAUCAAAGAAGCCUGCCAGCCAGCCUGGUUCGAGGACAUGAGUGCAGCCUGGGCCAGGGAGGGGGCUGAGCUGGGAACUGCUCUGCCCGGCCCUUUUCGGGGCCAUCAGGAGCAGCGUUGGGAGCUGGAGGGAGCUGGGGCCCAGCCUGCGGCAGCAAGAGAACAGGGAGACAUGCAGAGAAGGCCCUCAGAAGGCUGACCUCAGACCACACCUCCUGCAGACCUAGCCCCGUCCAGAGCCGCCCUCGACGUUGAGACCACAGGGCAGGAACCGAACAACGAGCAACGGCUGAGAACUGGCACAAAGCCAGCCAGGGCUGGGCCUGCUGGCCCUUCUGCUCUCCUUCCGGACCUGGGGCUCUAGGCCUUCCUGCAGGGUCAUCCCCCGGCUUGUUUCCUGCUCGCUCGAGGCCCCCUGGGGGCCCUCUGUGCCCUUCGCACUAUUCGUCAGAUCCAGGAGUUGCCUCCAGGUGACAUGGUGCUCUGCCCAACCCCGAGGACACAGAAGCCAAGGGACAAAGCUCCCUGUCUUGGCCCAGGCCACCUGUCCCUUCCUGCUCACCUGGAGGCAGGAGGGCUGGUGCCUCCCGCUUCCCGUCCCCGGAAGUGAGCGUUCACGCAGAUCACGCAGGACAGUGACGUGCAGGAAUGUGCCCGGGUGUGCGGAGAGAGAUUAGGGGGCCUGGGGACAGUAGGAUUUCACUUCCCACCCUUGUGAUGCUUAGAAAGUG